GGUUUCCGCGCACAAUGUGCGUUUUGUCUACCACAAUCGGGUGCUUGAACUGUUUCAGGUGAAAUAAAAAAAGAAAAAAAAAAUUAUUGCGAAUUUUUUAUACAAGAAAUAUAAAAUAUCAACAAGGGAGAAAAAAAAAAGCUGCACGCGCUCAGGAAGACAGACUAUAAAUUUUACUGGACUAGGUGACUGAAUAUGCGCCGUGUUCCACUCUGCACAUUUUCCUCUUGAAUUGGUGUUUUCCUAUUCCUUCUUUUUCGUUUGUUUGCAAAGGAUUAUCACUGUGGUGUGACUGAAAUCUGACAAUGAGGCACCUUCCGGAAGGGCAGCGAGAGCAGGCUGGCGAAGGAGGAGAAGGGAGGCCUGUGGCGGCUGCUUUGGCAACCCGCGUGGCAUCCGCGUGGAGGGUCGGCCGUCGUCCUUAAGAAGAGCGCCGACAUGGGAGAGUCCAGCGACGGCGGCAACGCGGACGGGCACGAUGAGGCCGCGCACCAUGAAGAACUCGAGAAAGUUGAAUCUUGGUUGGACGAACAUCCCCAUUUCGUUCAUGACUAUUUCGUGCGGAAGGCCUCUCGCCAGAUGGUGGACUCGUGGCUGUUGUCACACUCGGCUCCGCAAGGAAUGGUCCCAGAAAGCUCUUCUUCAAAUUCUAGUCCCACCAGUCCCAGCUCAGGUGCUGCCACGCCUGUCCGAAAAAUAUCGGCUCACGAAUUCGAAAAAAGUGGUCUUCUGAGACCCAUUCUGAACACUACGGUGGAUGGUAUCCCGACUUUUCUGAGUUUGCCUCUUCCUGGAGACGCCGCUCCUCAGUGCAACAGUCAUGUGGGGCGCAAGAGUCGGCAGGAACUUCGAGCCCUCGACGAACGAGAACUGAUUUUCGAACUGGUCAAAGAUAUCUGCAACGACCUCGAAAUCCGAAGUCUUUGCCACAAGAUCCUGCAGAACGUCAGCAUACUCACCGACGCCGACAGAUGCUCACUCUUCCUGGUCAGAGGAGAUAAAGGAGACCCCACCAGGUGUCUCGUGAGCCAGCUGUUCGACGUAUCUUGCAGCUCUACCAUGGAACAAAUGCAACAAAAGGAAGAAAUAAGGAUUCCAUGGGGCACUGGCAUCGUGGGGUAUGUUGCCGAAAGUAGGGAAUCCCUCAACAUCCCCGACUGCUAUCAGGACGAUCGCUUCAACAGCCGCGUGGACCAGAAGACCGGCUACACGACUCGCAACAUGUUGUGUAUGCCCAUCCUGGACGUAGACGGCGAAGUGAAAGGUGUGGCGCAGAUCAUCAACAAGUGCGGCGGGGAGGAACCUUUCAUGGACGCAGACGAGAAGGUUUUUUCCCGGUACCUACAAUUUUGUGGUAUCGGUCUUCGUAAUGCCGAACUAUACGAGAGAUCUGAGCUAGAGAAUAAGCGAAAUCAAGUACUGCUAGAUUUAGCUCGCAUGGUCUUUGAGGAGCAAAGUACAAUUGAGCAUAUUGUAUAUAGAAUUAUGACUCAUACGCAGUCUUUGCUGCAGUGUGAAAGAUGUCAAGUUCUUCUUGUCGAUGAAAAUACAAAGACAUUUUCAAGAGUUUUUGAUUUAGAUGUUAAUGAUAUGAAUGCCGAAGAUGCUGACUCAAGGAAGAGUCCUUUCGAAGGUCGCUUUCCAAUAAAUGUUGGAAUCACUGGCUAUGUUGCUACAACUGGAGAGACUUUAAAUAUCCCUGAUGUUCUACAAGAUGACCGUUUUGAUCCAGCAGUGGAUGGAGGCAGUGGUUUUCGUCAUUACUCUGUUCUUUGCAUGCCCAUUCGAAAUGCAUCUAAUAAGAUUGUUGGUGUCAGUCAGCUUAUCAACAAAUUGAGUGGAGCUCCGUUCAACAAAAAUGAUGAACAUCUUUUUGAAGCCUUUGCAAUAUUCUGCGGUAUGGGUAUACAAAAUACUCAAAUGUAUGAAAGAGCUGUGAAAGCCAUAGCAAAGACUAAAGUCACACUUGAAGUUUUGUCAUAUCAUGCAACUGCUCCAAUUGAGGAAGCAAAGGCUUUGAGUAAAUGUAUUGUUCCCUCAACACAUGUAUACAGAUUGCAAGACUUGAAGUUCAAUGAUUUCAGCCUUGAUGAUGAAGACAUGUUGAAAGCCUGUCUUAGAAUGUUCAUGGAUUUGGAUCUCAUUGAAAGAUUUCGUAUAAACUAUGAUGUCUUAUGUCGUUGGUUGUUGAGUGUGAGGAAAAAUUAUAGGCCAGUGACUUAUCACAACUGGAGGCAUGCUUUCAAUGUCAGUCAAAUGAUGUUUGCUUGUCUGACGAUCACAAAACUAUGGCAUAUAUUUGGAGAAGUGGAAACUUUGUCUCUUCUUAUUGCCUGCCUUUGCCAUGACCUAGACCACAGAGGAACAAACAACUCAUUUCAGAUAAAAUCAUGUUCUCCUUUGGCCCAACUGUACUCAACUUCCACGAUGGAACAUCAUCAUUUUGAUCAAUGCAUUAUGAUUCUGAAUAGCGAGGGAAAUCAAAUUCUUAGUCAUUUGUCCCCUGAUGAAUAUUCGAAUGUUGUGCAUGUUUUGGAAGAUGCAAUUUUAGCUACAGAUUUAGCUGUCUACUUUCGAAGGCGAAGCACAUUUUUUCAUAUGGUUGAUUCAGGAAAAUAUAACUGGAAGAGAGAAGAUAAUAGGGAAUUACUCAGAGCCAUGUUAAUGACAGUUUGUGAUAUUGCUGCUAUUACUAAGCCAUGGGAAAUUCAGAGAGUUGUAGCAGAAUUAGUCGCAAGUGAAUUUUUCCAGCAAGGUGAUAUUGAAAAAGAGCAGCUGAAAAUUCAGCCAAUAGACAUGAUGAAUCGUGAAAAAAAAGAUGAAUUACCGUUGAUGCAAGUCCGAUUUAUUGAUUCCAUAUGUGCGCCUGUUUAUGAGUCAUUUGCAAAGAUAUCUGACAAAUUGCAACCACUGAUGGAUGGUGUCCAGCAAAAUAGAGAACAGUGGCUAAAACUGGCUGAAGCAAGGAACCUCUGCAAUUUUCAUGACAAAUGAAAUUCUAUCAUUUAUUGACUGUAAAUAAACUCUUCUAGAUUUUGAACAUUUUGGUGUAUGUGUUAAUGGACAUGCCUGUAUAAAAUAAGGCUAUGGAAAUUAUGUUCCUCUACAUCUUGGUCGUUCCAACCUGCUCUUUGACAUAAUAUUUGCAUUGGGCUAUUUUUUCGUCAUUGUGGUUCUCUUACAUGAAGUAGUAGUAGAGAAGAUAUUGCAAUUCUCAUUCUUUCAUUUAUCAGAUUAUAUUGUUUUUUCUUUUUUAUAAUGGCUAUUGUUUAGAAGUAUUUAACUUCCAUCGUUAAGUGGCAUUCAGAAUUUCAAAAUAUUGUAAAUUUAAUAAUUAUGCAAUGUGCCAAUCAGUUUCUAUUUAACCAAAGAAUGAAUAUAAUGAAAUUAAUAUUAUUUUUAUCAUUUAGCUGGAACUUAAUCUAUGUACAUUUUUGUUGCUUUAUAACCUUUUGUUGCCCGAAUUGUAUUGAGAAAAAGAAUAUAAGUAAUUUCUUAAUGGAACAUUAAAAUAAUUCCAGAAUAUUUAUUUUGGAUUACAAUGAAAUUGAGUAUAUAUGUAUUUUUCAAUUAAAGUUGGUUUUUCAUAAACAGUUAUGAAAGUAAAGCUAUAAAAGACCUGCAUUUGCAUAAAAAAAAGUGGUUAUAUUUUGAUCUUUUUUUCUGUUGAUUGCUUUGAGAUAUAACUGGGAGUUAAAAUAUAAAACAGUUUAUAUAUCACUUGGAAACUAGAAUAAGUAACGAAAGUUAAGUAUGUUAUAUAAUAUAAAAGUUGAAAUUCCAUAUGAAAUCCUUAUAAAAGAGAGAAAGCUUCUUUCACAUAAAUUUUACUUGUCUUAAUAACGUGUGAUUUUUUUUUUUUAAUAUUUAAAGAAUGAAAAUAGAUCUAAAUGCUCUGUGUACUUUCUGAAUACGAUUUUCUCUUCUGAAUUUUUACAGGAUUUCAUUAUAUCUCUUUGUACAUAUUGAUUUAAUCAUUGUUAUAAUGCGAGCUUGUAUGUGAAAUGAUUGUCUUAAAGAUGCUUUAAUGUGUAAAUUUUUCUGAUAUUUAAUAACUCAGAGCUUCAUUUAGUAUUUUUCUCAUCCCAAAACUUAAAAACUAGUCAUGUUUUAAAAAAUUCAGGUAUUAUUCAGUUGUUUUGUUUAAAUAAAUUGUUUAUUCUCUAAAUGUGUUUUGUUGUGCUAAGUGUAGUCUCUACUGUGAUCAUGAUAUAUUUAUAGAUGUGAUGUUUAGAAGUAGUUCAGUUUUAGAGCUCUAAGUUUUGGUCACUAAUCAUAUAUUCUUGUGGAAAAUUUGAAUUUUAUUCAAGCAUUGGAUGUUCUCAAAUCAUUUACUGUUUUUCAAAAAAAAAAAUUGUUUUAUUUUAAAGAGUCUGAGAUAAAUAUGUAUAAGAAAUUUCAUUCUCAGGGAACUUGUAUCAAUACCUCAUAGAAAUGUUUCUGAAAUGAUGCACUAUUUUGCUGAAAGAAAAAAAAAUUUUUUUUUUUUUUUUAGUUGCGGAAUAUCUGUAAUCCUUUUUGCAUUUAUAAAUAUUUUAAUACUAAUUUAUAUAUAUUAUAAUAUCUAAUUAUGGCUUGAAAUAUGUAGAUGUUAAAUUUUAUACUUAAAUUCAUGAAAAAAUUACAGAAGUUUAUUUUUUUAAAAAAAACAUCUAUCUGCCACGAGUACAAUUUGUAUAUUUUGAAAAUUUUCUUAAAGUGAUACACAUUUAAAAUUAUAUUUUUCUCUAAAUUUAAUAUAAUUUUUAUUAAAAACAGUGAAUCUAAAGUGAUUUGUAAUUCUAACAUGUUCCUAGCUAUUUAAAAAAAUUUUACUUUUUUUUUAACUUAAUGUAAAACAGUUGAUUAAAAUGAUUCUUUAAAUCUGUUAAGCAUCUGACUUCAUUCACUCAACAUUUAAAAAUGUGUUUUCCUUUCUUUAUAAGUUGAUAAUAUUGCAUGUUAUUGCAUUUUCAUUCAUCUAUUAAGUUUCUUAAAUGGUCGUUUUUUUUUUUAAAUAAUAAUGCAUUGAGUGUGCAAGAAUCAAAUCAAAAAUGGUUAUUACCAGUGACAUGUUUUGUGUGCUUUUGAAUUUUUAUUCUAUUUCUAUUUUCAAAAAAACAUUUAAUUCUUUUAUUCAGUUUGCUUUUUUAAUUUCUUCAGUACCAAUUUUGUGAUGCACACAGGAUUUUCUUUAUUUAGAUUAUUAGUGACUAUGAACUUGAAGCACAUUGUUAGAUUUUAAGAUGUGUAAACUCCAUUCUAUGUACCUCAUCUUUAGAGCUUGGUGUUGGUCCGUCCGGUGUAAGCAGUUUAUUCUAUGUCUCAUUAGAAGUGAAUUAGAGUUUAAAAUAUCUACAUUCCCAUUUCUGUGGCAUUUGUGUUUUCUGUUUGAAGCUGCAAAAAUGUAACCUGUUUCUUAAUUCUCAAGUUCUUGGAACUUUAUAAAAAAAUAAUUCUAUUUUGCUUCAAAUUGUUUUUUUUUAAAUUAUAAUAUUUUAUAUUAAAUGCUUUUUAUUGUAAAAUUUCCAAUAGGAAAAGAUUUGUUUAGUAGUUUAGAUAAUUCAAUAAUUAUUUAGACUUAUUUAGUUUGAAAUAAUUAUUGUAACUUUUCCCAUAAUAUGUGUGAAAAUUAAAAUUCAGCUUCAAAAUGAAAAUAUCGAAUUUUAUCAGUAUCAAUUAAACGUUCAGAUUUUUUUAAGUAGCCUUAUAAUGAAAUUUUAGUUUCAGAUGAUUUAAAUUAUGUUGCCUAUUUAUUGAAAAUUUUAUCCUCUGAAGGGUAAAAAACAUACAGGAGAAUGCACAUUAAAAACUGCUGAUAAAUAUCAUUUGCAUUUUUCUAAGCUAAUAUGCUCAUUCUAUUUCUCUCGAAUAUUACUGAAGUAUUUUAUUGCUAUCUUGAAUACAUAUGUCUUAUAGCAUUGAUUUCUAGAGGGAUACAAGGUUCCACUUUAAUCUUUAAAAGUUUGCCUUUCAGAAAUAAUUCAGAUGAAUGUAAUAUUUGAAGGGCAAAUGAUAUCAUCAGUAUGAAAAUUUUUUACUGUAUAAAUUUAACAAAAAUUGCAUACAUAAACUAAUAAGGAAAUAGAAAAAUUAGUGGCAGUCAAGAACGAUUUAAUAAUUCGGAUAUUUUUAAAUUUAAUUUAAAUAUUGGACAUUCUUGUAGCUAUUCAGAAUUUCAAAUGUAAAUAAAAUGUUAAGUUGGCUUAAUACUGUAAUUAAUAUAGCUUUAUUCAUCCAAAAGAUUUUUGGUGCAUUGCAUACAAGUACAAAAUAUUUAUGUAAAACCGAAUUUUUGUGCUCUUUUGUAAAUUUUGUACAAUUUGAAAUACUUAGCUUCUAAAUUGAGGACCAAGUAUGUUUAAAGAUUAGCAUGGUCUAACCCUAGUCUUUGCUUCAUGUUUAUAAAUGCAUUUUGAACUAAUCAUUUAGUGUUCUUUAUAUGUUAAAGAGUGUAUAUUUUAAUCUGUAUGUAAGAAAAAAUUCUGUAAAUUUUGAAUGUCUAAGAGAUGGUGAUGGAACUAAUAUAUUUACCUUGAAAUCUCUUUGCCUGUGGUAGCUUCUAGAAGGAAAAAAAAGCUAUCUUCUGUGUAUCAUUAUUUAAUUUAUUACACUUUCAAUCUAUGUCAUGUAGUUUUUAAAUAUAAAAGAAUUUAUGUUUUUGUUGGGUUUAUUUCCCACUAGUCUUUUUGCACACAUUAUUUUAUGAAAACUAAUUUUUUUAAAACACUGUUUAGUAUUUUCGUCACAUUAAUCAAGUAUUCACUCAAAAUAUUUGAAAAUGAUGUUAAGUACAAAUAAUUUUUUGGCGUUCAUUUUGUUUUUG